AUGCGAUCUAGCAGGUGGGAGACAAUAGCCGCUGCUCAUAGAAUAUUUGUGGCACGAGAUGUUACGACAUUGCCACACUUCUCAGACGUCAUAGGCACCUCCCACCCCGCUCACGUAGCGCCGUUACAAUCGGCAGUUUGGUUUGGAAGUAAGAAGUGGCAACACGUUUUCGUACCUGGAAAAUACCAGCACGCCACUUAUAUACACCAGAAUGCCCUUCAACUAUAGAAAAAACAAACAACUAGAAAGAGAAGCAAUUUAGAUCUGUCAGUAAUAAAAAAUGCUUUAGGUGACAUUGAUCAAGGAAAGUCUAUCCGAGGUGUUGCUUUGGAGUAUGGAAUUGACAGAAAUACCUUAAGAAAUUAUUUAAGAGACAGGUCUAAAUUGACUAAAAUAAGUGAACAAGGAAGCCAGUUUAAAACAUCUAUGAUAUUUACAAUCGAAGAAGAGAAGGCGCUUGUUGAAUAUCUUAUAGCUUGCAGCAAAAUGAAUUAUGGAUUAACCAGACAGGCGACUAUGCAGCUAGCAUAUGAAUAUGCAACAAUGAAUUCCAAAAAGGUUCCAGAUUGUUGGACUUCCAACAACUGCGCAGGAAAAGAUUGGUUCCGGGGAUUUAUGACAAGAAACCCUGAACUAAGUUUGAGAACCCCAGAAGCCACCAGUUUAUCCAGAUCAACCAGCUUCAAUAGAAAAAACGUUACUGAUUUCUUCGAGAACCUCAAAGAAGUUAGAGAAAAAUACCAAUUUGAAGCACAUAACAUCUAUAACUGUGAUGAAACAGGGUGUACGACUGUACAAGAGUGUCCCAAAGUAAUAGCGAGCAAGCAUAUGCGUCAAGUAGGACAAGUUACUUCAGCUGAACGCGGCAGCCUUGUGACCGUUUGCUUCGCUGUGAACGCUCUGGGAAAUGUUCUUCCUCCAUUUUUCAUUUUCCCUAGGGUUAGAUACAAC